AUGGCAUCACUCCCAAACCUGCUCCGCGACAGCAAGAUCAACGCGCUCAAGGAGCAACUGAGACGACUCAGAACCCAACCCAUAACCCAGCAGCAGCAGCAGCAGCAGGAACCACAAACCCCAAAACCCGCCGAGAUCCUCCGCACCUUCACUGCCGCCAAGAAGCGCCAGGACAGCGCCAGCGCGCUCCACAACAAGGAGUGCUUCAACAAGCUGUGGGCGCUGGGCCGCGAGCCGGAGCGGCUUGUCGCCAACCCGCGGCUGCACGCACUGCACAUUUCGCAGAGCCGGCCGCGGCGCACGGGGCCCGACGACGUCAGGAAGCAGAGUCUUCUUGCGCUCGAGGUCAGGCCGGAGGAUGUCGUCGACGUCGAGAUGGUGGAUGGCUGGAGUCUUUGCUCUGACGAUCUAGAGGAGGAGGAGGAGGAGGAGGAGGAGGGCGUAGAGGCCGACGAGGCUGGAGAGGAGACCCUGUCGUCUGCUGAGCCGCGGCCUGAGGGGGCGCGCAAGCGCCAGCGAGUUGACAGGCAAAGCCCCUUCUCUGUGGCGGACACAUGCGGUUCGGAUCCAGACCGAGACGAACAUGACGAGGGAGCGAGGGCAGCGAAGGCCGACGAGAUAGACAAAUCGGACCCACCGCCUUCUCACCCACUAUAUGAGAACCUCCGCGAAGAGGAGGAGAAGGUGCUUGGUUUGCUUCGCCUCUUUGACAAGGAUCGCAAUGCAGAGGUUAAAGAGGAUCCGUCAGUGGCAGAUAUGGACAAGGGUCUUUCGAGGUCGGAUUCGAACGGGGGUCUUGGCGGCUGGGAUAAUACCGUCUGGGUAGUGGACGCUGAUAACCCGACGCUUGGGUAUAGCCAGUCGGGGAACGGAUAUUGGAUCAAGUGGUAG